GCCACAACCCACCCUUCAUUACUUUACCUACUGCGGUUGAUAUUUUCUGUGUAGACCAGCUUCUUGAGUCGAAACCUUCCCCUAGGGCUGAAUCCGCCCCCUUAUCACCUUCAUUCGGCACUCUUUGUGCUCAUCCCCUUUCCAACGGCAACCAUCACUUCCAUCUUUACAAACCCCCCUCAAGCUACGGCACCUAUGGCGUGGUUUACAGCAUCAAACUCUUCUCUUGACGAUCAGGUUGAGAAAGCUACAUCUUCGAGCUUGUCCGUAUUCUUGUCUUCUUAAAAGCUCCACCACCAACCCUUGGGUUAUUCCACCUGCUUACCAUUUUGUAGAGAGGAUAUGGCGCUCAACUUGGAAAUCUCCGACGUCAUUCGGAGUAAGACUGUUCAGCCAAAAGAAGCUAUGCGCUCUUUGCGUAAGCGAAUAGGACACCGUAAUCCUAAUGUUCAGUUAGCGGCUCUAAGUGUGAGACGAAGUUUCCAGUCGGAGUUGGGGGGAAUAUGGCUCGAAAUUGGGAGUGUGACUAACAUUUAUCACUAUAAAGCUUACAGAUACCUGCGUCAAAAAUGGAGGGCCCCACUUUUUAGCCGAAAUUGCCUCACGAGAAUUUGUGGACAAUUUGGUUUCUCUACUGAAAGCUCCUUAUGCGUUGGACCCAAAGGUUGAGAGCAAGAUAUUAGAGCUCAUACAAACCUGGACAUCUGCGUUUGAAGGGAAGAGCCAUCUUUCAUAUGUCGGGGAGACAUACCGAAUGCUUAAAAAUGAGGGCUUCAACUUCCCACCGCCCACAAAGGUUUCCUCAACGUUUGUUGACUCUUCGGCGGUAAGUAGAGACAAGUGCCGAUGGUUACCUGAGCCGCCAACUAACAUUAAGGGAAGCCUCCUGACUGGACUGAUUCAGAUGUUUGUAUGCGAUGCCGAACGCCUUUUACUUUCACCAACAGAAAGCAUCACUGCCGCAAUUGCGGAAAUGUUUUCUGCGGCGCUUGCUCCUCGAAGUCUAUUCCGCUCCCUCACAUAGGAAUAAUACAAGCUGUUCGUGUGUGCGAUGGAUGUCACACUAAGUUGACUGAGAGGCGGGUCUUGGGUCCCUCUGCGAAACAACAGUCUCGACCACCCCAAGGACAGAAGCAAAAACCAAAUAAUCUCAUGCAGCCGAGGAAUGCAAGGGUUGAGGACGACGAUGAUGAGGACCUCAAAAUGGCGUUGAAAAUGUCACUAGAAGAAGUUAAAGGAAAGGGAAGCGUGGGUUAUGUUUCUCAACAGCAGCUACAAGCUCAGAAGCAAGUUGCUCCACCCCAUAUCUCGGCCUCUACUGUUCAACAUCCUGCUGCUCGGCCAUCGGGCGGGAAAACUAUACCUGACGAGGAUGAGGAUGAGGAGUUGAAGGCGGCAAUCGCAGCAAGUUUGAAGGAUAUGGAGGAGCAAAAAGCAAAGUCUGUGUGGUCAAGCCCGAAUCCCGCGGUCAAGUACACUGCUUCGGUUUCGCGGGCAGGCGUCACACAUAGGCCUGAUCACGAACUGAGCCCUGCUGAGGCAGAAAAUAUCAAUCUUUUUGCUACGCUCGUUGACCGAUUGCAGUCCCAACCGACUGGGACAAUCCUAAGGGAACCCCAGAUCCAGGAACUUUAUGACAGCAUCGGGGCUUUAAGGCCAAAAUUGGCUCGGACCUUUGGUGAGACCAUGAGCAAAUAUGGUAUUGUCUAUUAACCCUUAUCACGCUUUGUUGAAACUUACGGUUUUUACUUUCAGAGGCUCUUUGUGAUCUACACGCAAAGCUUGGCACAGUCGUGCGCUAUUAUGACCGAAUGCUGGAGGAGAGGUUGAGCUAUACUUACGGCCGCCAUGGGAUUGCGGGAGUUUCCUCUCCUGGUCCUUACCAACAGCCUCCCUCUUCCAAUAGUGCGUAUCCUGCUUUACCCCCUACUGAGGGCUAUUAUGGAGUUGGUGUGGGUAACGCACCAGGAACCCCACAAAAUUCCUAUGCAAACCAGCAGACGAAUUAUCAGAAUUAUUACACACAGCCUCAUGCUUUUGAUAAGCAGGGGUCUUCGCUUCACUCUCAGUCACCAGAAUCUCAUAAGGCUCCUCCGCAAACAGCCUAUCAGCAGUAUAACGGGUACAACGGCCCCCCACCAUCGGAACCUACCGCCGCUGGCCCUUCACUGCAUGGCACCGAGCCUCCGGUAAAUGCUCCACCCCCGCAACAGCAGCCACAGCCACAAUUGCAACUACAACCCCAGCAACCACUGGCAGGACCAUCAGUCCAACCUCAGAAGCCCCAUUCGCAACAGCAUCACCCUCCUCCGCCGCAGAAUCCGGAUGCAUCAUACUGGCAGUAUCCGAAGAAUGGACAACAGCCUGAAUAUAAUUACUCCUAUUCACCAUCUCCACAGUCUCCUCAAUGGCAGCAUGGACCUAGUACAGGCCCUGGGGGGACUCCAUAUGGGCAUGGUAGUUUUGGAUACUCAAAUAUCAGUGAAGCUUCAACCCCAGCACCCACGCUCGGCCAACCGCAGCAGCAGCCCAAGGUGGUGGAGGAGAGCUUAAUUGAUUUGUAGGAUAUUUGGAAUCGUUCGCUUUUUUCGCUUUUUUUUUCGGUGGUGGCUCUUUUAAUUUCUUUGUUCUUUUUGGGGCCAUAUUUGAAGAGGGAGGGGUGGGAGUUCCGUACCUGACAGCUUGGGCUUUUUGUAAUUUAUGGAAGUGUUCUAACUUGAAUAGUGAUUUUGGCAAUCGAUUUCCCGGUUUUGUACUC